AUGGGAAGUCCUCCUGCUUCGCCCAGUGGUAACUUAUUUUCCUCUCCAAGGAAUUCAUCUUCAUCGAAUACAAGCAGAACAAGUGGUUUCAAAAAACCACUAUCACCCUCGGCAAUAUCUUCUACUACUAAUAAUUCUUUACUGUUGGGAGUUGCUUCUCCUAUUAAAAAGAAGGAAGGACCUAAAGCCAAGACUAAGAAAACAAACAUUGAAUUUGAAAUACCAGAAAUUGUCAUUGAAGCACCAAAAGAAAGUGAUAAUGUUAGUCUUAUUCAAAUUAAUAUUGAUACCGAUACAACAGCUUCGAAUCAAACAGAUACUAUUAAACCAGAAACAUCGAACAGAAGACCAUCAAUUAUUGGGUCAUUGGUAAUGGCAGCUGCUACUUCAACUAGGUCUUUAAUUGCUUCUCUUUCAUCAAGAAAGAUGCCAGCCACUCCAAUUAUCAUUCAACUCGAUCCAACUCCAAGUAAUAAUGUGGGAAGAGUUAAAGUAAUUGAAACUAAUGAGAUUGUAACAAAUAAGGAUUUACAACUUGAAAUACCAUCAGCAUCCACAACAUUGAUACAAACAGGAAUGGAGACAUCAGAACGGUCUAAGGAAAUUUCUCAACAACAUCAAAAACACACCCCAAGUAAUAUUCCAUCUUUCAAAUUGUCAAUUAAUUUGCCAACACUUGUAAUUCCUCCAAAACAACAAACUUCAACCAUUGUAAACAAUCAUGCUGCAAUUCCACAAUUACCUCUCUCUUCACUUUCUAAUGACAAUAACCAAUCAAAUAUCAAUCAAGUAACUAAUACUGUGCAAUCGGUAGACAUUGCCAUUCCAAUACAACAACCUGAUGUAACAACACAAAGCCUUUCUAAAAAACCUAAGGAGUCUCCUAGAGUUGAAAAGAUGAAAUCUCUUCCAAAUCUUAAUCCCUCAAGACUCAAUCAGUCACCUAAAAGCUCACCAAGAGAAAUACCCAAACUAGAGACACACGACUCUACUCCAACAAUACUGAAUAAUCUUGAUGAAACUUUUGUUGAAAUGAAUAGGGCAGAGAGGGAUACCAUUGCAAAUCAUUCCUCUUUAACAAAUCCUCAACCUAUUCCAACCUUGAAACCAAACAAUUAUCUUACUGUAAAUCCUUUUCCAAAUCAACCACUACAAAAUCCACAAUACACAUCAAAAUUGAAGGCAGUGAGCAGGUCUAUUCUCUUUGAUAUGGAAAAAGAAAACGAUACCAAUAUCAAAAAACCCAAACAGCUACAUACACCUUGGGGUACGAUUGAGCUCUCUUGUUGGAAAUUAUUUUCCAUAAUUGGAUUGAGUGCAACUAUCAUUCUUCUCGUUUCAUUAUUAAUUUGUGUUACUUUAAGCUUUAUAUAUAGGACAUCGGAAACAGAAGCAAGACUUAAUGCUCAAGCAUCAGACUUGAAAGCAGUUCUUAGUGAUAUGCAUAUUUUAACUCAUCAAAUAGUAUAUUUAGGAUUUUCAACAAAAAGGUAUCAGUCAUACAUGUCAUUAAGGACUCAGGCGUGGAAUUUUCUAUGGAAUUUAUCUGAUUCUUUGCAGUAUGAGUACGAAAACAAACCAUACUUGUUUACUCAGUACUCUUUAGCUGAUUAUAAAUCCUUGAUAGAAACACCUACAAAACAGAUUUUGUGGACGUUUACAGAAAUUGUUAACAAAAUGUAUUAUGACCAAACAGACUCGGCUAUUGACCAAAUACAAGACUUUGAGGACUGUGGAGGAAGUAGAAACGUAUCAGAUUCUAUCAGCAUUCUUAGAGAAUAUUCUCUAUCUUUGUUUUCAACACAUGAUAAAAUUAGUUAUGUGUCAACGAGUAUGAACCUAAUAUUAGGAGUGCUCUCUUUGAUAAUUGUAAUUCCAGCCCUAAUACUUUCAUUUACAUUGUCUCUUAACAAGGAUGCUCUCCAUAGAAAAAGGUGGAAGAAGGCAAAUGCUAUCGUAUUAUUGGAUACUAUGGCAGAUGAUCGAUUGAGAGAUUUAUUCAGAGCUCACUGUGAAAAGGAAAUGGCUUUGGAAAAUUUCUUAUUCUUACAAGAAGUUUCCAUAUAUAAGGAUUUAUGUAUUAAAGCUAUUGAAGCUCAAGAUGCAAUGUAUGGAGCUGAUUUAGAAAUAGGAUCAGCCUCUAGUAGUAUUGCCUCCACAACAACAAGUUCUAUUACAAAAUCCAAGAAACAAAAGCAAUUCAAACAAGUGACAGAAAAGGCUGGUACAUUUUUACAAGGAGCUAAGGUACUCAAAAAAUUUGGAUGGUUGAGUGAUAAGGAUAUUGACACUGUGGAGCAGAAAAAAUAUGAAAAGGCCUUUGAAAUUUACAAAAAAUUUUUAGAUAUGCAUGGUUACCAUACUAUUAAUACUAACAAGGCCAAUGUUCAGGAAAUUAAGGAAAUGGUUGAUGGAUUUUUAACUGGUGAGGUUGACUUUUUACCAGAUACUUUGUUUGAUACACUUGAAAGAGAAAUUGCAGAGCUACUCGUUGAUACACACAGAAGAUUCAAGAAAACAUUAGCUUUCCAAAAACAAAUGAAAAUUGAGAAAUACAUUCAAAUGAAAAGAAGAUCUCGAAGAAAUACCACAGUUUCAGAGCAAUAAAAGUAAUUUUACU